UUUUUCUCUUAAAAAAUGAUAUUCCAAAUCGACGAAGAGACCGGAUCAGAUACUUCUAUUGAGAAACCAAGAAAAAGCUGAGAAGAUAUUGUUCCACUGAUCCCUGUGAUGGGGAUCAUUGUUGGCUGCAUUGAAGCUGCAUUUUCUUUCGUGAUAAACACUCACAUUGUAGGAUUCUUUACAGCUAUAUCACUUAUUAUCCUCUGAGGAGUGUGGAUCAUGGUGAUGAUUAGGAAGGUGAACCAGAACCAUUUUAGCAAGAUUAAGACUUGAAUCUUCCUUAUGUCCCUACUGAUUAUUGCCAUGACUGCUUUUACCUUCUUCUUGGUAGUAGUGAAAGCUAUAAAUUUUGCCUACAACCCAGAUGUGAAUAGUCUUUCUCUCCAACUCAUGUUCAAGAAAUAUGAGGUUGAGAACGAAAGAUUGCUGCAGUUUAGGCAGUUUGAGUAUACUGAAGACGGAUUAUUUUCCUUAUUUAACAUUGAGGAUGAGUCAGAUAAGAGUAUUCUAACGGGGUGAUUAACUCCUAAUAUUCACUCUCGGCUACAAUAUCUUGAAAUAAACGACUCUUUAAUGCUGUCCCAUUCUUCCACUACUGAGUCCCUUCUUGGGACCGUUAUAGACACUGUAAUUGCAUUUGAACAAACAGAAGAAGGAUGGAGGUGGGCUACUUCUUGUACUAAACGGAUCUCUGGGAUAGAACUUGAUUCAUUAGAUGAUUGCUUAAAUCCUAUCCUGGACUGAAUUGAUCAAAGAACUUCUUCCUAUGCAUAAAUCCUCCAUAAAACAUUUUUCAAUAAUC